AUGCGCUCCAAGUUCAAGGACGAGCAUCCGUUUGAGAAGCGCAAGGCCGAGGCCGAGCGCAUCCGCCAGAAGUACGCGGACCGGAUUCCGGUCAUUUGCGAGAAGAUCGAGAAGAGCGAGAUCGCAACCAUCGACAAGAAGAAGUACUUGGUACCGGCCGACCUGACCGUGGGCCAGUUUGUCUACGUGAUUCGCAAGCGCAUCAAGUUGGCGCCCGAGAAGGCCAUUUUUAUCUUUGUCGACGAGACGCUGCCGCCUACAGCGGCGCUGAUGUCAAGCAUCUACGAAGAGCACAAGGACGAGGACGGCUUCCUCUACAUCCAGUACUCGGGCGAGAACACGUUCGGCGUCGACGCCUGA